ACCGUACUUUGGACAUUGUUAUGAUGCUACAGACUGUCCAUUCUAGGGUUGUAACCUUUUCGCACAUUGUUGCAGUACAAAGGUAUACUGACAGUUCUCUGCAGUGUGCUCUUUCUACUCUGACAAACACAGCUGAGCAAUACUGAAAAUGCACAGACCAGAUGCAGGUUCUGAGGAUGAGGAAAGAGAUGGUAUGCAAAGGGGGGUAUUCUACAGCCAUUUGGAUAGACACGUGCGACCAUUCAUCGAACUCAUUGACUUUCUGAGAUCGAUCGGAAUCGAGAAGGACUUGGCAUUGCCAGCCAUUGCUGUGGUUGGAGACCAGAGCUCAGGGAAGAGCUCAGUGCUUGAGGCUUUAUCUGGGGUGGCACUACCAAGAGGAAGUGGUAUUGUCACCAGGUGUCCAUUGGAAUUGAAACUAAGGAAGUGUUUUGGAGGAAAAUGGAAGGCAAAGAUCAGCUAUCAAGGGGUAGUGGAGACUUUUGAGGACCCAUCAUUGGUUGAGAUUCAUGUCAAAACUGCUCAAAAUACUCUAGCCGGAGAUGGUGUUGGGAUCUGUGAAGACCUGAUCACGCUGGAGAUCACUUCUCCUGAUGUAUGUGACCUCACACUUAUUGAUCUACCUGGGAUUACCAGAGUACCUGUCACAGGCCAACCAGAGGAUAUUGGUGAUCAGAUCAGACGUCUUAUUUUGAAGUUUAUUAAGAAACAAGAGACCAUUAACCUGGUUGUAGUGCCAUGCAAUGUUGACAUAGCAACAACUGAAGCAUUGAGAAUGGCACAAUCAGUGGAUCCAGAAGGUGCAAGGACACUGGCAAUUCUGACCAAGCCAGACUUGGUUGACAAAGGGGCAGAACCAGACAUCUUAAAAAUUGUUAAUGGCCAAGUUGUUCACCUGAACAAGGGCUACAUCAUCGUAAAAUGCCGUGGCCAGAAUGAUAUCAACCAGAAGAUCUCUUUGGCGGACGCCACUCGACUGGAAAUGGAAUUCUUCAAAAACCACCACCACUUUAGUCCACUUCUUGAGCAAAACAAAGUUACAACACAAUGCCUUGCCACUAAGCUCACACAAGACCUGGUAGAUCAUAUAAAGACAUCACUUCCAUACUUGACAGACCAAAUCAGAGAGCAUCUUGAGACUGUUAAAACAGAACUGAAGAAGUAUAGCACUGGUCCUCCACUGGAACGUAAAAAGAUGGGGCCCUAUCUGACGGAGAGACUAAUUGAUUUCAUUGAGAAGAUUAAUGAACUGUGCAGAAUUGGGAACUCAAGUGAGAAGAAUCUGCAUACUUGCCUACGUCCUGUAUUCCAACAGUGGGAUAUUUAUCUCAGUAACACCAAAGGAUCAUUCCUCAACAAAGUGGCAGCCAUGAUAAAAAACUAUGAUAAAGAACAUCGUGGGAGAGAGCUGAUAACUUUCAGUGACUAUUGUGUAUAUGAACAUGCAGUUCAAAAGCACAUCCUUGGACUUCAAGAGCCGGCCUUGGAUGUCCUGAAAGCCAUUCGAGGUCACCACGCUGCUCAUUAUGGCGCACACCUGUCACCAUCGUUAUCAGACUCACCUGGACUCCAUCACCUCCUUGAUUACAUUCCCUGUAUAUGUCAGUCCCUUUGGUUCCUUCCCCAGGAGUCAUUGUUUCUGUUUCAGUUUUCUGUAUGUGCGUUGUUCGUGGUUCUUGUUUUGUUUAUUAAAUUAUGCACUCCCUGAACUUGGUUCCCAACUCCCAGCGCAUACUUUACAACUAUUAUGUUGAGUAAUUCAUUCCAGGUAAUAAUUUAGGAUUUAAAACAUAUUGGCAGCCUAGCCAGUCCAAUUUUUUAUAUAAUCUAAAUUUGAUCACAUUCACAUUUUCUCCUGACACACAAAUGGAUUAUAAAUACAUAACGUUACCAAUUAGUUUAUCCUGACCAGAUGGACAGGGUGCGUAGGCAGUAUGCAGCUGCUCUUAUUAUUAGCCUACAGUUGAUCAGACGGAAAAAUAGUCUUGUUUUCAUCCUAUACAGCAUGUCGUAUCUCUAAUGUUUAGGUGUAGCCUAGGCUGCGGCAACAUUUAUGACAUGAGUUUUUGCUUGUGUCUGUCCGGAGAGAUUAUGUGCUAUCAUCUUUGCUAAAUAAAUACCGGAGGAAAGUGCAAAGCCUCCUUGAGAUCACUUGAAAAAAUGUGCUGCGUCAACCUCUCUCUUUAAUUUAACUUUUAACGGAUGAUGGGAUGGAAGCUAUCAAAUCAUUCAGAAUUGUUUUUUACAUCCGAGAAAAGAUGUUCAGCAUGUAAAGAACCUUAACGUGCAAUUACAGGUGGCUUGAUGAUAGGCUCUCUGUUAACCUGCCAUACAUUUGAUACCAGUUGGUAUUGAAUGCUCUCAUCUUUUCAUCCUUCUUCAUGAAACUGAUCUCAGGCAGAGGUCGACCCUCACUUUUAAUUCGCACCUUUUCCUUGUACCCCAGAUAAUGAAAGGGGUUCUUCAACAAAAAAGUCCACAACAUUUUCUACAGCGUUGGCCAUUCUACCAUUCUGGUGGAGAAAAAUGAACACUCGUACUAGUAGCUAGCUAGCUACUGAAGUUACCAAGGAGAAUUUAAAUAAAUUGCAGUAACUGGACACAAAAAUAAAGUUCAAAACCCAAGAAAACAAUGUAUAAUAUACGUCCUCCAUCUUCUGUAAUUUGAAAUUUGAAUAAUGUCCCCAAAAUACUCAACUAUCACACUUCACUCUUAAUCUCUAUCUAACAAUGUCACCAAGCUUCUCAACACAUAGAAACCUUAUAAUGCUCUGUGGCACAAUCGCAAUACAAGACACUUGGUUCAUUCUAUGAUCCUACAUCUAUGAUUGGAUGGACAACAUGUCAUACCGAAAAAGCUUCCAGAGGAGGAUGGAAGCUAGCCCAGACAGCGCUGUUGAAGUUACUGUAGACCUUCAUUGCAAAACAUUUUAUUUUAACCAAAUCUUUGGUGACAUAUUAAUAUAUUUAGUAUAGUUUUAUCUAAAAAUGUUUCACUAUUUUUAUUUAUUUGAAAUUUCACUGAGGAUGAUGGUCCUCCCCUUCCUCCUCUGAGGAGCCUCCACUGGUCUGCAGUGGACAGUAAUAUUUGAUAUGUAGUGUAUGUGUAUAUGUAGUACAAUAUAUAUAUCCCUCACAUGCGACUCAGAAGACUAUGCAAUUAGCUCAGGAAAGGAAUUAUCUGAUUCCAUAACAUACAUAUCAAUAUGUGUAACGGCUUUCUUUAGGUGAAGUAGAGGCGGACCAAAAUGCAGCGUGGUGGUUAUUCAUGUUCUUUAAUUUAUAAAGACACUACACAUGAGAUAA